GUGCAGUGUGACCUAAAGAACAUCCAGGCGAGCCACCAUGCAGUCGUGGAGAGCCUUUUUAGUGCUGGGCACGCUGUUGUUGCUGGCGGUGAUGGCUAACAUGGCAUGCGCCGCCUAUCGCAAGCCGCCUUUCAACGGCAGCAUCUUUGGAAAGCGGUCCAGAGGGGAUAUGAACAAUGCGGACAUCAAGUACGCAAUGUGUGAAGCCGUCUGGGACACCUGUACGCAGUGGUUCCCGCUUCCUCAGGAUGGUACACAGUAGGACGACCUUUGCCU